AUGGCGAUGCGGAAAACACCUGCUUGCCUUUUGUUCUGGGAGUUCGUGCAUGCUGAGAUCAGCCGCACGCAGGCGCUGGACCAGAGAGUUGUCAACAACUCCCUGUACUCUGGGCACGCCGCCGAAGCCUUCGGUCUGCGCUGGCGAAGAUGGCCAAGUAGCAUCUGGGCAUCUUCCAUGGCCUUCUCCGGGCCGCUGCCGAAGCCGCUAAUGGUGCACCAUGCGAACUUCCUGGUAGAGAAGGCACCAUCUGCUGACCCCUCCCCAAAGGUGGCUCAGCUGCUUCAGCUGCGGGAAGCCGUCCUGCGAGACAACAAAGACGCUCAGACGGCUUGGGAAGAGUUCAUGCAAGCUGCGAGGAAGAGCCCCGCCAUGUUGGACUACCGAAGCCGGCAUUUUGGAGAUCGCCGGCCAGGACCUGAGUGGUCGACGCUGCCAGAAGAUCACAUUGCACGCCCUGGGGGCUACUCUGAGCGCGCGGCAAAGAAAGCUGCUGCGGCUGCUGCCAAGCAAGAAGGCUCAGAUGCGACCGAUAUCGCCAGAACCGCCUGA